GAAUUUGAAAAGAACCAUGUUAGAGCAAAUCCUAAAGUACAGAAAGAAUAUGAAAGAUUACGGAAUGCUACUGCACAAAUGCCUACUAAUCAAAUAAUGGGAUCAAUAAUAAACCAAAGUGAUCUAUCCCUUUUAACUAUCAGCCUUCUUAAUAUAAGAUCUCUUAAUAAACACAGUAUUGAUGCAAAGUUUGAUUCUGCACUUUGUAAUAGUGAUAUUAUAGCUUUCACAGAAACACAACUUCUGCCCAAUACUGAUGACAUUCAAAUAAGACAUAACUUACAACCAUUUACAUUAUUAAGGCAAGAUCAUCUUUCAGACAGAUUUUCUAGUUUAGCAAUAUGUACCAAAAGCAAUAUUGAAAUCAAACAGUAG